AUUAGAAAAUGUCUAAAGGUUUUAGUCUUAACUUCUAAAAUGCAAAUGUCAUGACUUUUGAAUAAGAAAAUGAAUUAUUCGCUGGAUAAAGCAUUAAAGUAAAUCAAUAUUCUUAUAUAGCUUGAAUUUAAACUGGCAGAAAAGUAAUUUGAUUUAGAGGUAAAGAUUAUUUUCUCAUAACAAGUUAGUUUAAAGUUGGAUAAGAUGUGGAAUGGGCUAAAAAAUGUGUUGCAGAAAAAUUAGAUUGUGGAAGAAAUGACUUUGUAAUAUUAUUCAGAAUUACUUUAAAUAGGACUUGAUUUUUGAAGAAAAAGUAAUGCCAGAAUUCUUUUCUUUAAAUGACAUUCCAAAUCUAAAGGAUAAAUCAUCCAUUUAAAUAAAAAUGAAGAUAUGAUUUUAUCAAU